AUUCCCGGUACCUUCCAGUGGUAUCUUCCCAAUCCGCGCGUUGCUUAGCAGGAAGCGGCCAUCGAUAGUUUUCUAUUGACAAAUCGCAUCAGGAAAAUAAGUGAAAGUCGAUGGUUGUCCGUUCUUUCUAUCUUUCAUCCGACACCUUCCCGUUCUCAUAGAUAGCAUCCUAGCAAAUCCCCGACGGUGACUGGAGAGUUAAAACGCUGAAACCGCGUAGCCUAAGCAACUACAAUUUUCUUUCGCUCGAAUUCAGUCACUUUUUGUGCGAACAGUUUUGAGCUACUCUCGUUCAACAUCAGUCGCGCGCUUUCGUAAUUCCUCUCCUCAACUGACAUUUCCUGUUUUAAAUAUAGUUUAUCUGGAUUUUUUUCUACUUUUUUCCCCACUGGCGUUGCCAACGCAACACAGAUAGCCUGUCUCUAAACGCAGUCGUUCUUCGAAAAAACCUCCUGUGGCACUGAGACACAUUGGUGUACGCUUUCUCCCCUGUCUAGAUAGUCUCCACCCAAGACCAACAAUAUGUUGGACCCAUCUUCCAGUGAAGAGGAAGCGGAUGAGAUAGUGGAAGAAGAAGGCAAAGAGGUGAUGGCACCAAAGACCGGGGGAGCACGGGUGUCACCCAGCCGGACCACCGACAGUUCUGGUGGGCUCCAGCCCUCGAGCCGGGGAAGCAGCGCUUGUGCGUCCAACCCCAGCCCCUCGGCGGCCAGCGAGAAGGAGAAAGAUGAUCUGGAAAAGAUGCAGAGGGAAGAGGAAGAGCGAAAGAAGAGGCUCCAGCUCUAUGUCUUUGUGAUGCGCUGCAUUGCCUAUCCUUUUAAUGCCAAGCAACCCACCGACAUGGCAAGACGACAACAGAAGAUCAGUAAGCAGCAGUUACAGACGGUGAAGGAGCGUUUCCAGGCUUUCCUCAGUGGUGACACCCAGAUAGUGGCAGACGAGGCCUUCAUCAAUGCAGUCCAGAGCUACUAUGAUAUAUUCCUGAAGAGUGACCGUGUGUCCCGGAUGGUCCAGAGUGGAGGCUGCUCGGCCAGUGACUCGCGGGAGGUUUUCAAGAAGCACAUUGAGAAGCGUGUCCGUAGCCUGCCGGAGAUCGACGGCCUAAGUAAGGAGACAGUGCUCAGCUCCUGGAUGGCCAAGUUUGACACAAUCUACCGCGGAGAGGAUGACCCCAGGAAGCACCAGCAGCGGAUGACAGCCAGUGCAGCCUCAGAGCUCAUCCUCAGUAAGGACCAGCUCUACGAGAUGUUCCAGUCCAUCCUGGGCAUCAAGAAGUUUGAGCACCAGCUCCUCUACAAUGCCUGUCAGCUUGAUAACCCAGACGAGCAGGCUGCACAGAUCAGGAGAGAACUGGACGGACGACUGCAGAUGGCUGAUCAGAUCGCCAGGGGCGGCAAGUUUCCCAAGUUUGUGUCCAAAGAGAUGGAGGCCAUGUUCAUAGAGGAGCUGAGAUCCUCAGUGAACCUGCUGAUGGCUAACCUGGAGAGCAUGCCCGUGUCCAAGGGAGGAGAGUUCAAACUGCAGAAGCUCAAACGAGGGCACAACACCUCCAUCAUAGACAUGGGCCAGGAGGAUGAGAACACGCUGUCCAAGUCUGAUGUGGUGCUCUCCUUCACUCUGGAGGUUGUGAUUGUGGAGGUUCAGGGGUUGAAGUCGCUGGCGCCCAAUCGGAUCGUCUACUGCACCAUGGAGGUGGAGGGGGGGCAUAAGCUCCAGACUGACCAGGCCGAGGCCUCCAAACCAACCUGGGGGACCCAGGGGGACUUCACCACUACACACCCCCUGCCUGCUGUCAAGGUGAAGUUGUUCACUGAGAGCACAGGAGUCCUGGCCCUGGAGGACAAAGAGCUUGGCAGGGUGGUACUCCAUCCGACCCCUAACAGUCCCAAACAGUCCGAACUACACAAGAUGUCCGUGUCCAAAGGCUGCCCUGACAGUGACCUGAAGAUCAAACUGGCCAUCCGCAUGGACAAGCCACAAAACAUGAAGCACUGUGGGUACCUAUGGGCUAUUGGUAAAAAUGUGUGGAAGAGAUGGAAGAAGAGAUUCUUUGUCUUGGUGCAGGUGAGCCAGUACACCUUUGCCAUGUGCAGCUACAGAGAGAAGAAGGCAGAGCCUGUGGAGCUGCUUCAACUGGACGGCUACACUGUAGACUACACCGACCCUCAGCCAGGUCUUGACGGUGGGAGGACCUUCUUCAAUGCAGUAAAGGAAGGUGACACUGUGAUCUUUGCCAGUGAUGACGAGCAGGACCGCAUCCUGUGGGUCCAGGCUAUGUACCGGGCCACGGGCCAGUCCCACAAGCCAAUCCCCCCCACCCAGGUCCAGAAACUCAACAACAGAGCAGGCUCCGCACCUCAGCUAGACGCACCCAUCUCCCAGUUCUACGCGGACCGGGCGCAGAAACAUGGCAUGGAUGAGUUCAUCUCAGCCAACCCCUGCAGCUUUGACCACUCCUCUCUGUUUGAGAUGGUGCAGCGCCUCACCCUGGACCACAGACUCAAUGACUCCUACUCCUGUUUGGGUUGGUUCAGUCCAGGCCAGGUGUUUGUCAUGGAUGAGUACUGUGCUCGUAAUGGUGUGCGGGGGUGUCACAGACACCUGUGUUACCUGGGUGACCUGCUGGAGAGAGCAGAGAACGGGGCUAUGAUUGACCCCACCCUGCUGCACUACAGCUUUGCCUUCUGUGCCUCACACGUCCAUGGCAACAGUCAGAGACUGUCUGAGUUGCUAAACUGGCCUGUAAACGAGGCAGAGCUUCAGAGUUACCUUUACCCCCCCACCCCAGAGCCCCCCACACCCUCUAAGAGGGAAAUCAAAAUCAAGGAGUUUAGGAAAAAAAAGGACUCCAAGUCCCAGGCUGUCUCUUGGCCCAGAAGGCCUGACGGGAUAGGGACGGUGACUGUGGAGGAGAAGGAACGCUUUGAGGAUAUCAAAGAGAGGCUGCGUGUUCUGCUGGAGAACCAGAUCACACACUUCAGGUACUGUUUUCCAUUUGGUCGACCGGAGGGGGCCCUGAAAGCCACUUUGUCCCUGCUUGAGAGGGUGCUGAUGAAGGAUAUUGUGACUCCUGUGCCCCAGGAGGAGGUGAAGACAGUCAUCCGUAAAUGUCUGGAGCAGGCAGCCUUGAUCAACUACCAGCGCCUCUCAGAAUACGCCAAAGUAGAAGGGAAAAAGAGAGAAAUGUAUGAGCAUCCUGUCUUCUGCUUGGCGUCUCAAGUGAUGGAUUUAACCAUUCCGGAGAAAACUCAGAAAGAUAAGAAAGAUCAUCAGGAUCCAGAGAAUGUAGGGCGCUUAGUCACCCCAGCCAAAAAGCUGGAGGACACCAUCCGCCUGGCCGAAUUGGUCAUUGAGGUUCUCCAACAGAAUGAGGAGCAUCAUGCAGAGGCUACAGUCACAAGUACUGGAAAUCAGUCGGGCAAAGAGGCGUUUGCGUGGUGGUCUGACCUGAUGGUGGAGCACGCGGAGACCUUCCUGUCUCUGUAUGCGGUGGACAUGGACGCUGCUCUGGAGGUGCAGCCCCCUGACAGCUGGGACAGCUUCCCUCUCUUCCAGCUCCUCAACGACUUCCUGAGGACCGACUAUAAUCUGUGCAACGGGCAGUUCCAUAGACACCUGCAGGACCUGUAUGCCCCCCUUGUGGUGCGAUAUGUGGACCUCAUGGAGUCAUCUAUCGCCCAGUCCAUCCACAGGGGCUUCGAGAGGGAGUCAUGGGAGCCUGUCAAGAGCCUAACAAGUAAUCUUCCUGAUUUGAGUCUACCAAAUGUCAAGCUCCAAAUGCCCAAAGUACCAAAUCUACCACCAGUUAGCCUUCUAACAAUGCCUAGCUUUUCUACACCCAACUGGAUGGCAGCUACAUGUGACUCAGAUAAUGGCUCGGGGACAUCCGAGGAUCUGUUCUGGAAGCUGGAUGCGCUGCAGACCUUCAUCAGAGACCUGCACUGGCCUGAGGAGGAGUUUGGCAAACACCUGGAGAGCAGGCUCAAACUCAUGUCCAGCGACAUGAUUGAGUCCUGUGUCAAACGAACGAGGGUGGCCUUUGAGGCCAAGCUCCAGAAGAGCAGUCGGACCACAGACCUCCGCGUGCCUCAGUCCAUCUGCACCAUGUUCAACGUGAUGGUGGAUGCCAAGGCCCAGUCAGCCAAGCUGUGUGCCAUGGAGCUGGGACAGGAGUUUGUUAGAGAUUGGAGACAGUACCAUUCCCAAAUCGACGCUCUCAUAGAGGAGACUGUGAAGGAGAUGAUCACCUUACUGGUAGCAAAGUUUGUGGUCAUUCUAGAGAGUGUCCUAGCCAAACUGUCCAGAUACGACGAGGGCACUCUCUUCUCCUCCUUCCUCUCUUUCACAGUGAAAGCUGCAUCAAAGUAUGUGGAUGUACCUAAGCCUGGGAUGGACAUUGCAGACGGUUACGUGACCUUUGUGCGCCAUUCUCAGGACAUGCUGCGGGAUAAGGUCAAUGAGGAGGUGUAUGUAGAAAGGUUAUUUGCCCAAUGGUACACCAGCACCAUGAACCUCCUGGGUAUGUGGCUGACUGACCGGAUGGACCUACAGCUCCAUGUCUACCAACUCAAGAUCCUCAUCAGAGUAGUCAAGAAAAAGUACCGUGACUUCCGGCUGCAGGGCGUCCUGGACUCCACACUAAACAGCAAGAUGUAUGACACGGUGCGGAACAGACUGACCCUGGAGGAGGCCACGGCGUCGGUGAGGGAAGGAGGGAUGUCGGGCAUAUCCAUGAAGGACAGUGAUGAAGACGACGAUGAUGACUAGAUCAACAUCACCGGAUGGAGCCUGCGAAUCAAUGCAUGUACCAACUUUGUUAACCACUGGACCAAUCUUAUAGGGUUAUUAUUUUCCACUGUCAGAUAGAUAGAAAUACCCACAAAGGAACAACAAUACAAAUUAGUAACCAAAUACAUCAAUUAUAAUGAUAUUAGUUAUUAUAAUUAUAAAAUAUAUAUAUUUAUGUGUUGAACUAAAAAAGUAUAGGUGUUUUACAAAAAAGUUAACAUUUGCCUAGCAUUCACUCUUGAAUGUUCCUAAGCAAUAUGGAGAGCCAUGUAUGCGAUGUUGAGUACCAUGAUUAGGGAUAAUGCUUGGUGUGUACCUGUUGAAUGCAAACCUGUUGAGGCGCUUUGCUAACGUACUGUGAAUACAGUAAUGGUACAUCAUUGUGAGGAGGAGAGUAACAUCACCUAUUGUUCUCAUUCAUCUCAGAGCGUAUGUCUACUGCCUAAAGGGAACCAGACUACAGACAGCCAGGCAACCUGUUUGUAUCUAGAUUACAAUAUAUUAUAAAAAGUAGCUAUCCAUUCUCUCUCGUCUCUUAACAUCAAUGUAGAAUUGACUUUGUUGACUCAAUUCAAUACUCAAUACUACAACAUUUUCCCUCACUGGCAAAACAUUUAGCCACAUUUUUUUAAAUUAGUUCUUUUAGAAAUGCAAUAUUUUCAUUGUUUCAUUGUUAUAUCUUGUUGAUGUAUUUAUUGAUAAUUUAUGUUUUUUAAAACAUACAUUUUUUAAAAAAUAUGUCAUAUUUGAGUUAUAAUAGCAAUUAUAGCACAAGGAUAUUCAAUCACAAAGGGAAAAGAGACUUUCUUCUGUGUCCCGUAUACUUCCGCCAUUCCAGGUGAUUAUGUGUGUCCACACUUUUAUAUCUUUAUUGUGUCUGCCAGUAUUUCCUCUGCCGCUGAUGUUGUUUUGUAUAUACACAUACUGUACAUUGCCCUGCGUGUAGUUACUGAAUGUCCCAGGUAUCCUCUUCUCUCCAGAAGUGUGUUUGUUCUCAGUGUGCAGUUACUGAAUGUCCCAGGUAUCCUCUUCUCUCCAGAAGUGUGUUUGUUCUCAGUGUGCAGUUACUGAAUGUCCCAGGUAUCCUCUUCUCUCCAGAAGUGUGUUUGUUCUCAGUGUAAAGUUACUGAAUGUCCCAGGUAUCCUCUUCUCUCCAGAAGUGUGUUUGUUCUCAGUGUGCAGUUACUGGUGGAGUAAUUUUGCUUCUGCCUUAUGGGAGCCUAUAGAACUGGGGCCCACAAAGUGAAAAUAAAAGUAUCUGUA